AUUUCAUUCAAUGUUAUGAUCAUAGUCCUUUGUGACUUUGUAAAGAAUAAAUUCAUAGCACCUGUUUUAAAGUUACUUUUCAUAGUUUCUCUUUGUCUUUUAGAUUUCUUGUUUAAAUUCUUGGUUAUCGGAAAUGCAGGAACUGGCAAAUCUUGCUUACUUCAUCAGUUCAUUGAAAAAAAAUUCAAAGAUGAUUCAAAUCAUACAAUAGGAGUGGAAUUUGGUUCAAAGAUAAUAAACGUUGGUGGUAAAUAUGUAAAGUUACAGAUAUGGGACACAGCAGGACAAGAACGAUUCAGGUCUGUGACAAGAAGCUACUACAGAGGGGCGGCUGGGGCCCUCCUUGUCUAUGACAUCACCAGCCGAGAAACCUACAAUGCGCUUACUAAUUGGUUAACAGAUGCCAGAAUGCUGGCCAGCCAGAGCAUCGUCAUCAUCCUCUGCGGGAACAAGAAGGACUUGGACGCCGACCGGGAAGUCACCUUCCUCGAAGCCUCCAGGUUCGCUCAAGAGAACGAGCUGAUGUUCUUGGAGACAAGUGCGCUAACAGGGGAGAAUGUAGAAGAGGCCUUUGUGCAGUGUGCAAGAAAAAUACUUAACAAAAUCGAAUCAGGUGAAUUGGACCCAGAAAGAAUGGGCUCAGGCAUCCAGUAUGGAGAUGCCGCUCUGAGACAGCUGCGGUCCCCACGGCGCACACAGACCCUGAGUGCACAGGAGUGCGGGUGCUAGGGACAGGUGUCUACAGUGGAAUUUGGAUACCAGAGCUGGAACUCAAUUGAAGUGUUUUUUUACCACCAUCUUUUUCUACUCUAUGCAGAAGUAGAUCUUUGUGGGGAAAAGGUUGUGUGGGUGUUAUGCAAUCUGGUAUAGAUGUGCCCAGGAGCCACAUAAUGAAUUUGACCCAGUGGACAAUACCAACAGAUGUACACACAUAUGUAAAAACCUGCUGUCCCAUGCUUUCCCUUUCACCUUCAGCUUGAACCAUGACCUUGUACUGUGUAUACCCCUGUACUUUUCCACUGCAUGUAUCUGGUGUAUGAUAUGAUAGAAUAUUGCAAUGCAGUUUAAUAUUUUUUUUAAUCAUAGACACUGAAAAUCAUUAAUAUGAGGUUUGCUUGCUCAUCAUAUUGGUUAUAUUUAUGACCUGAUAUUCAAGGACUCUGGCAUUAAUAGCCAGUGUGUUACUUAUUUAAUUCUGCUUUCCACAUUCUGCACUGUGUUUAUGUGAUCUACACUUGAAAUACCAGUGAUCAUUCACUAACAUCCUGAAAUAAAGUGAAAGGCGGAGUUUCCCAUGAACUGUACACUGUCUGUUCUUGGUUGACUCUACACUUCUACCCCAAGCAGCUCAAGUUUCUCACCUGUUGUCCUGGGCUGUUGUGGGCCACAUGACUGGCACUGGGAUUCUAGUGCCUUUGACCCAUCCUGCAGGACGCACAUUCCCCCAGCACUGAUGUAACACAGUGGGCACAUACACCCACGUGGCUUCUCUGCUCCAGCUGCUGAUCUGCCUGGUCUCCCCACUAGAAAGCACUUGGUUUGCUAUUGUACUUUUUCUGGAAUUCAGUAUAAGGGCAUUGCUGCCUCUGUUUCAAAUUGUCCAUUGUAUUGUGUUCAUUUCAGGGAGACUCACUAAUUCUAGUGCAUAUUAAAAGGGUACCAUUUACUGAGAAACUUCUUUCUAGCUUUUGUU